GGCGCACAGAAAGCGUAGAGACGGCCACAAAGUAGCUGAGAUUUAUUAUCUAUUUCUUUUACUUAGAGAGCAAGCCGACCCAAUUCUGGACUAGUUAUUUUGUUUUAUCAACGAUAAGAUAAUAGCAGUAUCAGGCUUUUCUUUUUUUGGUGCAUUUUUUUUUUGGAUUACACUAAGGGAAGAUAUAUCAAAAGCCCUCCUGGUUAAACGGUUCUGUUUCUCAGCAAGAGAUGCCAGAAUAUUGACCAAUCAGAGGAGUAAGGAGAAAGACAUACAAAGUGACGAGAGCCAGUUUGAGGAUCUCUCUUCUUUUGAAGAAUAGUGUGACGGAUCCCACAAUGAACAAACUGCGUCAGAGCCUGCGAAGGAAGAAGCCCUGCUAUGUGCCGGAAGCCAGCCGGCCGCACCAGUGGCAGUCUGACGAGGAAGCCGUGCGCAAGGGCAAAUGCAGCUUCCCAGUACGGUAUCUGGGGCACGUGGAGGUGGACGAGUCUCGAGGAAUGCAUGUAUGUGAAGAGGCAGUGAAGAAGCUGAAAACUAUUGGAAAGAAGUCUGUGAAAGCAGUCUUGUGGGUGUCUGCAGAUGGUCUGCGGGUCGUAGAUGAUAAAACAAAGGACCUGAUAUUGGACCAGACCAUCGAGAAGGUGUCGUUCUGCGCUCCGGACCGCAAUUAUGACAAAGCGUUCUCCUACAUCUGCAGAGAUGGGACCACCCGUCGCUGGAUCUGCCACUGCUUCAUGGCCCUGAAGGACUCGGGGGAGCGUCUGAGCCACGCGGUGGGCUGUGCGUUCGCAGCCUGUCUGGAGCGCAAACAGAAGCGGGAGAAGGAGUGCGGGGUGACGGCCUCGUUCGACGCCAGCAGGACCAGCUUCGUCAGGGAGGGGUCCUUCAGGGUCACCUCGGCCACACAGCAGGCUGAGCGAGAGGAGGUCAUGAAACAGCUGCAGGACUGGAAGAAAGCAGAGAGCCCCUCCUUACCGGCAGACAGUGCCUCCCCCCCAGAGGGGGCUGCAUCUCCCGUGGACAGGACGGAGGCGGGGUACCAGCACGCCAUCCCGCGGCGCCAUGCUCCCAUUGAGCAGCUUGUGCGGCAAGGCUCCUUUCGGGGCUUCCCCGCGCUCAGCCAGAAGAACUCCCCCUUCAAACGGCAGCUCUCCCUGAGGCUUAACGAGCUUCCCUCCACCCUGCAGCGCAAGACUGACUUCCAGGUGAAAAACCCAGUGCCUGAAACAGAGUCUGGCCCUCCCGACGAAGCAGACAGCAUCAACUCUCUUUACUGCCAAGUCAACAGCUCCUUCAGCAAGCCCCCCGAGGAGCCCUUCAGCACCACGGCAACCACCAACAGCAUCCUGCUGCCCUCCAUCCCCCCCCAGCCGGCCCCCACCCAUGUUCCUGCAGGUCCAGGAGGAUGGGCAGGAGACUCCGCUGGCCAGUCCCCUCGCACCUGCCAGACGGGGCACAGGCGGACACCGUCGGAGGCCGAGCGCUGGCUGGAGGAGGUGGCACAGGCUGUCACAGCUCAGCAGCCACAGCAACAGCUGCCCCCCACCAUGCUGGCAGCUGUGCCGGGCACACCAGUCUCCACCCCAAACACCAUGCAGCCCUUCCCUCUGGCCUCCACCCCAGCACCCGUGGGCAUGUUCGUUCCACCCUCCGUACAGCCUGCAUACAUGCCCAUUCCCACCUACAUGCCUGCGCUUGCCAACAGCAUGUCCUACCCCAGCGUCCCCGUGGUUGGCAUCACACCCUCUCAGAUGGUGGCCAACGUCUUCUGCACGGCUACACAAACGCAGGGCUCAGGGUUGGCGGCAGGCAAGAUGGGUAGCAUUGGCAGGCUUCCCCAAACCUUCAAUGCGCCCACCUCAGUCGCUGUAGUCACAUCUUCCAGCUCCAACCACUUCUCCAGCCCCAUCACAGUCAACGGCAUCCACCCUAACAGCCAGAAUUGCACCAGUAAUGGCACCAGCAACGGCACGGCGUGGCCGCCUGGCCUCAAGCAGUUGCCAGUGGCCGGUGGUGCCAAGGAGGUCGACCAGUUUGAAGCGCAGUGGGCGGCACUGGAAUCCAAAUCCCAACAGAGAGCCGCCUCCAACCCGUUCUCUAAUGAGCUUCAGAAAACCUUUGAGAUCGAGCUCUAACUGGACAGGCUUGGAGGAAAGCUGCGGUCAAAACAAACAACAACCCUUUUGUGUGUUUCUUCUUUUUUAUGUUUUUUUGUGUGUCCAUUUAUGAGUUUUGUGGGCAAAGCUGAUAUAUGUAUAAGUACAUUCGCAGAAAGAAAACAAAACAGCAAAGAUCAAAGACAGAUUUGCAAGAAUGCCGACUGCAGUGAUGCACAAGGGCCAGUGUGAACCACGGCAGGUACAGUGCAUACUACACAAAUCGAAAUGCACACACUGAUCAGCUAUCACACUCGAUUGGAAACUGGGUUCACUGGACUGAGUGUAUGUAUUGAACUAAUGCUUAUGGCAGGACUAUCAGUCUUGCAGAAUCUGUUUCUAAUCGUUCUAUAUCAAACAUUACACGCCAUUCUAGAAAACACAUUUCAGGUUCCUGAUCUAUUUGUUAACUUCAGACAGUUGAUACAGUUUUAUGUAUAUGCUGCACAUAGUUUUGGUUGGAUUUAAGACAUUCCUAUAAACCAGAUCAUUUUAAACACUAUCCUUAGAACAGUGUACACAGCAGUCCUGUGGACUACACUGGAAACAGCCUUCAACUAACAGGAACCUUGCUUUGGGACAGAGCUUAGAGUCGUCUGUCCAGGUACUUUACUGCCGAGGCAGACGCUGCUGUGUAAAAUCACUCUGCGUCUGCUACCGCUCGGAAAGACAGAAUUUAUUUUCUGUUUGUUAGAAGCUCUCGUGUUGCAUCAUCACUCCGUGGUCUUCUACUUUAACCACUGAAGUUGUGGUACUACUAUUUCCACUCGACGUGUUGCCUCUGACCUCCCCUCUCCUCCGCAGAUGUGCAGACGCAGCUCUUCGGAGUACAGGGGGUCCACAAAGGGUUUAUAGAGGUACAACCAAAUGACCUUGUUUUCUGUUUUUAUUUUUUUAAUUUAGUGCAAAUCCUUAGUAUACAUCAGAAUAUGGGUGGGUCUCCCCAUAAGGGGGUGGAUUCAAUAAAACCAAACUACAGGUCAGCUUAUGGGCUGUGUUAUCUUCCCUGGUUAAUGCCAGCAUGCACGGUACAGGAUAUAUAUUUAAAGUACACAGAACUUGCAGAACAGCUCCUCUUGCCAUCACUUUGUAGAGCGGCCACGCCUCGAGAUGGAACUCAUUUAACGGGUGAACAAAGAAAAAUGGUGAUCAUUUUCCUAUACUAAUAGCUUGGAAAACACUCUUUCAUGGAGACACUAAGAAGUGAUACAUAAUUCGGUAAGAGUUACAGGAAUUAUUUUGAGCUCUGUGCAUUUUAAGCUCAAUGCACAAGUUUUGCUUUGUGUCAUGUGGAGGUGUCCUACUAUGUAAAUGCCAUUGAAUAGCAGCAUUGAACAGGGAAAGUAUGUAAAUCAUAACCCAGCUUUGACAUUUCUUUCUAUUUUAAAGCCAGGAUAAAAAUGCUUCUCCGGUUUCCCUUUGAGCACAAGAAACUUUACAAAAUAAUGGGGUGAAAGAUGGAGUUUCUGGCAUGCAUCUGCAUCGUUUCAGAAUCCUACCCCAGCUGCAGCCAGCAUGACUAUAGAGAGAUGUGUUAUUAAUGGUGCCACAGGACAGCAACACUACUGCUCAUCUAUUCAGGCUGCAGUGUCCUUUGGGAAAUGCUGGACUCUAUUCACAAAGCGUUAACCCAUUCAUGCACGUAGUUCUUUUAAAUCUUUACAGCCUCAUGUACAUGAAUGGAUUAAGGAAUGUUUUAAGGAAUGUUUUAAGGCCUAUUUUUGAAGAUAUAAACAUUAUAUCUAAACAUAUGUAAACAUUCACUAAACAGAGCUCUGAAAAUGAAUACACUUCUAACUCUCCCUAAAACAGUUGGAGGGUCAUAACCUGUAAACUUGUUAAAAAUCUAAAUGAGCUUUAAAAACAGCCCUUAACAAAGCCUUUCUAAAAGCAGGUUUUGUGGGCUCCCGAGUGGCGCAUCCAGUAAAGGCGCUCCACGUGAAGUGCAGGAUGCGCCCUAUAGUCUGGACGUUGCCAGUUUGAGUCCAGGCUAUUCCGAGGACAGGAGCUCCCUGGGGGCGGUGCACAAUUGGUCGAGUGCUGCCCAGGGAGUGGGAGGGUUAGGUCAGCCAGGGCAUCUUUGGCUCACCGCGCACCAGUGACCCCUGUGGUGUGGCCGGGUGCCUGCAGG